AUGAGCUUGAGGCUGUUGGGAUCACUGGAAGCCCAGCUGGCACUGGAGACGGUUAUCCAGGCACUGGAGAGUGGUGUCCUGGAGCCAAGCCAGGAGAGGGGCCUGAGUGUGCAGGACCCUGACCAGGACUCUCAGCCUGCCAGCCUGCCCGCCUGCAUCAGGGAGAUUGUCACCCGCAACCUCUCCCAGCCUGAGAGCCCAGCCCUGCUGCCGGCCACAGAGAUGGCAUCGCUGCUGUCGCUGCAGGAGGAAAACCAACUGCUGCAGCAGGAGUUGUCCCGCGUGGAGGACCUGCUGUCCCAGAGCCGUGCUCAGCGUGAUGAGCUCGCCAUUAAGUACAAUGCGGUCAGCGAGAGGCUGGAGCAGGCUGUGCGCCUGGAGUCUGGGGAGCUGGAGACACAGGAGCCCAGGGGACUGGUACGGCAGAGUGUGGAGCUGCGCAGGCAGCUGCAGGAGGAGCAGGCCUCCUACCGGCGCAAGCUGCAGGCCUACCAGGAGGGCCAGCAGAGGCAGGCCCAGCUUGUGCAGCGGCUGCAAGCCAAGAUCCUCCAGUACAAGAAGAAGUGCUCGGAGCUGGAGCAGCAGCUGCUGGAUAGAUCCACGGAGCUGGAGCAGCAGCGGCUGAGGGACACAGAACACAGCCAAGACCUGGAGAGCGCCCUCCUCCGCCUAGAGGAGGAACAACAGAGGAGUGCCAGCCUGGUUCAGGUGAAUGCUAUGCUCCGAGAGCAGCUGGACCAGGCAGGCUCAGCCAACCAGGCUCUGAGCGAGGACAUACGAAAGGUGACCAGCGACUGGACACGCAGCCGCAAGGAGCUGGAGCAGCGGGAGGCAGCAUGGAGGCGUGAGGAGGAGUCCUUCAAUGCCUACUUCAGCAAUGAGCACAGCCGCCUUCUCCUCCUCUGGAGGCAGGUUGUGGGGGUCCGACGGCUGCUCAGCGAGGUGAAGAUGUCCACCGAGAGGGACCUGCUGCAGCUAGGAGGGGAGUUGGCCCGGACAUCACGGGCUGUCCAGGAGGCGGGCCUGGGGCUGAGUGCAGGCCUGCGGCUGGCAGAGAGCCGGGCUGAGGCAGCCCUGGAGAAGCAGGCACUUCUGCAGGCCCAGCUGGAGGAGCAGCUGCGGGACAAGGUGCUCCGUGAGAAGGACCUGACCCAGCUGCAGGUGCAAAGUGACCUAGACAAGGCUGACCUCAGUGCCAGGGUGACAGAGCUGGCCCUGGCAGUAGAACGUCUUCAGAACCAGAAUCUGGAGAAGGAUCAGGUCAACAAGGCCCUCACUGAGAAGCUUGAGGCCCUGGAAUCCCUGCGGCUACAGGAGCAGGCGGCCCUGGAGACAGAGGACGGAGAGGGGCUGCAGCAGACCCUGAGGGACCUGGCACAGGCCGUCCUGUCGGACGUGGAGAGCGGUGUCCAGCUCAGCGGCUCCGAGCGCACGGCGGACACGUCGGACUGCAGCCUGCGGGGACUGUCUGGCCCGCGGACCCCGUCUCCGCCGCGGCGCUCCUCCCCCGCCCGCGGCCGUUCCCCGCGCCGAGGCCCUUCCCCGGCCUGCUCUGACCCCUCCACGCUCGCGCUGAUCCAGUCCGCCCUGCACAAGCGCCAGCUGCAGGUCCAGGACAUGCGUGGGCGCUAUGAGGCCAGCCAGGACCUGCUGGGCACCCUGCGAAAGCAGCUUAGUGACAGCGAGGGUGAACGCCGUGCCCUGGAGGAGCAGCUACAGCGCCUGCGAGACAAGACCGACGAGGCUGCCCAGGCCCACGAGGACGCCCAGCGCGAGGCCCAGCGCCUGCGAAGCGCCAUUGACCUCUUGAGCAGGGAGAAGGACAGCCUGGCCCACAGCCUGCAGGUGGCCCAGCAGCAGGCCGAGGAGCUACAGCAGGAGCGGGAGAAGCUGCAGGCCAGCCAGGAGGAGCUGCGGCGCCAGCGGGACCGGCUGGAGGAAGAGCAGGAGGACACGGCGCAGGAUGGCGCACGGGCACGCAGGGAGCUGGAGCGCAGCCAUAGACAGCUAGAGCAGCUGGAAGAGAAGCGGUCAGGGCUGGCAAAGGAGCUGGUGGAAGUGAGAGAGGCACUGAGCUGUGCCACGCUGCAUCGGGACAUGCUGCAGGCCGAGAAGGCUGAGGUGGCAGAGGCACUGACCAAGGCUGAGGCCAGCCGUGUGGAGCUUGAGCUCUCCACCACCAAGCUGAGGGUAGAGGAAGCCUCUCUGCGGGACUCCUUGUCCAAGCUGAGCGCCCUCAACGAGAGCCUCGCUCAGGACAAGCUGGGGCUGAACUGCCUUGUUGCCCAGCUGGAGGAGGAAAAGGCAGCCCUGCUGGGCCGGCAGCGACAGGCGGAGCAGGAGGCCACCUUGGCGCUGGAGGAGCAGGAGCGACUGGCGCAGCUGCGGCUGGAGCAGGAGGUGGAGCGGCAGGGUCUGGAGGGCUCCCUGCGGGCAGCAGAGCAGGCCCGGGAGGCUCUGGAGCAGCAGCUUCCCACUCUGCGCCAAGAACGCAGCCAGCUUCAGGAGCAGCUUGCCCAGCUCUCUCGGCAGCUGAGCGGGCGGGAACAGGAGCUGGAGCAGGUCCGACAGGAGUCACAGCGGCAGGUGGAGGCGCUGGAGCGAGCGGCCCGGGAGAAAGAGGCGCUGGCCAAGGAACGGGCUGGCCUGGCUGUGCAGCUGGUGGCAGCAGAGCGUGAAGGCCGGGCCCUGUCAGAGGAGGCCACACGCCUGCGCUUGGAGAAGGAAACCCUGGAGAGCAACCUGUUUGAGGUGCAGCGGCAGCUGGCCCAGCUUGAGGCCCGCCGGGAGCAGCUGGAAGCUGAUGGGCAGGCCCUGUUGCUGGCCAAGGAGACCCUGACUGGGGAGCUGAUGGGCCUGCGGCAGCAGAUGAUAACUACAGAAGAAAAAGCGGCUCUGGACAAGGAGCUGAUGGCCCAGAAGCUGGUGCAGGCUGAGCGGGAGGCCCAGGCCUCUCUGCGGGAGCAACGGGCAGCCCAUGAGGAGGAUUUGCAGCGACUCCAGCGUGAGAAGGAGGCUGCAUGGCGGGAGCUGGAGGCAGAGCGGGCCCAGCUGCAGAGUCAGCUGCAGCGGGAGCGGGAGGAGCUGCUGGCCCGCCUGGAAGCCGAGAAGGAAGAGCUGAGCGAGGAGAUUGCUGCCCUGCAGCAGGAGCGUGACGAGGGCCUCCUCCUGGCUGAGAGUGAGAAGCAGCAGGCCUUGUCCCUGAAGGAAUCUGAGAAGACAGCGCUGUCAGAGAAGCUGAUGGGUACACAGCACAGCCUGGCCGCUAUCUCCCUGGAGAUGGAGCGGCAGAAACGAGAUGCUCAGAGCCGGCAGGAGCAAGACCGGAGCACUGUGAACACCCUGACGUCCGAGCUGCGGGACCUACGUGCCCAGCUUGAAGAGGGUGCUGUGGCCCAUGCCCAAGAGGUGAAGAGGCUGCAGGAGCAGGCCCAGGACCUGGGCAAGCAGCGGGAAUCCUGCCUGCGCGAGGCAGAGGAGCUUCGGACUCAGCUGCGCCUGCUGGAGGACGCCCGUGACGGGCUGCGGCGGGAGCUGCUGGAGGCUCAGCGCCGGCUGCGUGAGAGCCAGGAGGGCUGCGAGGCCCAGCGCCAGGAGGCCGGCGACCUGCGGCGCAGCCUGAGUGAGGGCGCCAAGGAGCGUGAGGCCCUGCGGCGCUCCAACGAGGAGCUGCGGGCCGCCGUGAAGAAGGCUGAGAGCGAGCGCAUCAGCCUGAAGCUUGCCAAUGAGGACAAGGAGCAGAAGCUGGCACUCCUAGAGGAUGCCCGCGCAGCUGUGGGCAAGGAAGCCGGGGAGCUGCGGGCUGGGCUGCAGGAGGUGGAGCGCUCACGGCUGGAGGCUCGACGGGAGCUGCAGGAGCUCCGGCGGCAGAUGAAGAUGCUGGACAGUGAGAACGCCAGGCUGGGCCGGGAGCUGGCAGAGCUGCAGGGCCGCCUGGCGCUGGGCGAGCGGGCAGAGAAGGAGAGCCGGAGGGAGGCUCUGGGCCUCCGGCAGAGGCUUCUGAAGGGCGAGGCCAGCCUGGAAGCCAUGCGGCAGGAGCUCCAGGGAGCCCAGCGAAAGCUGCUGGAGCAAGAGAGCGAGUUCCGGGCCCGCGAGCGAGGCCUGCUGGGCUCCCUGGAGGAGGCGCGCGGCGCCGAGAAGCAGCAGCUGGACCACACCCGCGGCCAGGAGCUGAAGCUGGAGGCGGCACGGGCCGAGGCUGCGGAGCUGGGGCUGCGGCUGAGCGCGGCCGAGGGUCGGGCGCAAGGUCUCGAGGCCGAGCUGGCCCGCGUGGAGGCGCAGCGGCGCGCGGCCGAGGUCCAGCUGGGCGGCCUGCGCUCGGCCCUGCGCCGGGGCCUCGGCCUGGGUCGGGAGGUCAUGGCUCCUGCAUCCCUGAGCAUAUCUUCUCUUCCAGGAAGCGGGGAGGGGCUUAGCAGCCCUAGCCCCUUAGAACGCAGCCCUGGGUCCCAGCCACCAUCCCCAGGACCUACCACCUCCCCUGUGCAUCCAGACCUGGACCCAGAGGCAGUGCGGGGGGCCCUCCGGGAAUUCCUGCAGGAGCUGCGGAGCACCCAGAGGGAACGGGAUGAGCUUCGGACCCAGACAAGUGCCUUGAGUCGCCAGCUGGCUGAGAUGGAGGCCGAGAGGGACAGCGUGACCUCACGGGCCAGGCAGCUGCAGAAGACAGUGGCCGAGAGUGAGGAAGCCCGGCGCAGUGUGGAUGGGCGGCUGAGCGGGGUCCAGGCAGAGCUGGCACUGCAGGAGGAGAGCGUGCGGCGCAGCGAGCGGGAGCGCCGGGCCAUGCUGGACCAGGUGGCUGCACUGGAGAGGAGCUUGCAGGCCACCAAGAGCGAGCUCCGGGACAGCCAGGAGAAGAUCAGCAAAAUGAAGGCCAAUGAGGUGAAGCUGGAGAGCGACAAGCGGCGCCUGAAGGAGGUGCUGGAUGCCUGUGAGAGCCGCACCAUCAAGCUGGAGCUGCAGCGGCGCUCGCUGGAGGGGGAACUGCAGCGCAGCCGCCUGGGCCUGAGUGACCGCGAGGCCCAGGCGCAGGCCCUGCAGGAUCGGGUGGACUCCCUGCAGAGACAGGUGGCAGACAGCGAGGUGAAGGCAGGAACCCUGCAGCUGACAGUGGAGCGGCUGAGCGGGGCCCUGGCCAAGGUGGAGGAGACUGAGGGCACCCUGCGGGACAAGGUGCAGGGCCUGACAGAGGCCCUGACUCAGAGCCGUGCCAGCCUCACCAGUACCCAGGACAAGAAUCUGCGCCUGCAGAAGGCCCUGACUGCCUGUGAACACGACCGCCAAGUGCUCCAGGAACGGCUGGAUGCUGCCCGGCAGGCGUUGUCUGAGGCACGGAAGCAGAGCAGCUCCCUGGGCGAGCAGGUGCAGACGAUGCGGGGUGAACUGGCAGACCUGGAGCUGCAGCGGGCGGAGGCCAAGGGCCAGCUUCAGCAGCUGCAGGAGGUGCUGCGGCAGCGGCAGGAGAGCGAGGCGGUGGCUCUGCGCUCCAUCCAGAAGCUGCGGGACGAGCGGCGGCUCCUGCAGGAGCGUCUGGGCAGCCUGCAGCGGGCCCUGGCUCAGCUGGAAGCCGAGAAGCGAGAGGUGGAGCGCUCCGCCCUGCGGCUGGAAAAGGACCGCCAGGCCCUCAGGAGGACUCUGGACAAAGUAGAGCGGGAGAAGCUCCGCAGCCACGAGGACACAGUGAGGCUGAGUGCAGAGAAGGGCCGCCUGGACCGCACACUCACCGGGGCUGAGCUGGAGCUGGCCGAGGCCCAGAGGCAGAUCCAGCAGCUGGAGGCCCAGGUGGUGGCACUGGAGCAGAACCAUAGCCCAAUCCAGCUGGAGGCAGAUGACCAGCAGCGGCUGGAGCUGCAGCAGGAGGUAGAGCGCUUGCGCAGUGCCCAGGUGCAGACGGAGCGGACUCUGGAGGUGCGGGAGCGGGCCCACCGCCAGAGGGUGCGUGGGCUGGAGGAGCAGGUGUCCACACUGAAGGGACAGUUGCAGCAGGAGCUUCAAAGGAGCUCAGCAUCCCUCUCCCCACCCUCUGGCCCCCCAGAAAAAUGAGCCCUUCCCAGCCAGCAUCCUGGAGAGCAGCCCCAUCCCCGGGGCAGCAGAGGGACCUCCUCUCCAGCACAACCCACCCAGGCCUGGUCCAGCGGGGUCCCCAGAGCUGGGGUGGGGUGAGGCGGGCGCGGGGUGGCCAUGCUGAGGGAUAGGGACACCAGAUCCAGCAGUGGCUUCUCUGCAGGCCCCACCUCAGCUCAGCCCCUGGGAUGAGCCACUCUGGGUUGUACAAGGUCCUCCCUGAGAGCUGUUGAGCCAAAGCCAGGGGUUGGGGAGGGCCCUUGUCUCUGGCCAGCCCCGCAGCAGGCCCCUGGAGGAUGGGCUCAUGGGAAAGAGGAGGGGGCCAAGGCCCAGGGCAAGGGUCAGAAAUCCAGGCCCUGACCCUGACUUCUCAGAUCUCUCCGCCUUAGUUCUGUCAGGACAUUCCUCAGAAAGCUCAGAGUCCCUGUAUUUUUAUAUCUUUUUACAAUGUUAACUGUUCAGGACUGUUUUUUGUAACAAGAAGACCCCAUUUUCUAAAAACAGUUUGUAUAGACAUGUC